AUGAGUUCAGGCCGAGCUUCAGCACCAGCGCCGCUGGCUAUCUCCAGACCAAGCGUCUCAGGAAGCGGGCACGACAGCUUUGGAUCGGACUGUUCUGACAAGACGGUCCCCAGAUCUUUCUCGAACGGUUGGGCUCAAGACCGGCCCCUGCAGAGUCGAAAGUCGUCUGCGAGCUCUUCCAAGUCUUCAAAGCCAACAUCGCCCACUGCGAACGUCUAUACCCACUGCGGCCGCCACUCGGAUCAGUGGCUGCUCGGCGGCAUGUCGGGCCUGUUCAAGAAGAAAGAGUAG